AACCACAGCAUUUCGUUUGCCGUCGAGUACAGGGCUUGCCUGGCCCUCUGCGGUCCCACGAAUCUACGGCUUGACCGACUGCUGUGCUCUCCUGGUUCUGCGAUGCAAAAUUGAGAUGAACGGGAAGCGACAUGCUUGGCCCCCCCAGCCUAUUUACGCAUCGCAUGGCCUGAGGCUCCACCGGCAUCGUCAUAGGCGCCAGAAGCUGUGCAAAGUUCCAAGCUGUUUCGUGGUUGGAAUAAGAUGUGCAAUUAACUACAGGCGCAGGCGGCCGCACCACAGGGGCGCUAUAGAUGAGGAGCAGCGGCUGGCGUUCGGCUGGCUGAAAUCUAGUGUCGUCUGUUUCUCAGCCGCAAGCCUUGUUCCUGAUGCAGGGUCCAAACUCACCUCAACGGUCAUGUGCAUAAGUUGGAUUCAGGAGGCAGAACUUGAGUCCAUCUUCUUCUCCAUCUACAGCCUCCCUAGCGAGCAGUAGGGGGCUAAGCAUUGCAUUGAUGUCGGCUGAAAGCUUUGUUCAUGAUAUCCCAGUCGACGGAGUAAUGGUCCCUGAAGUGGUAUCAUCACGCGGGUCGG